AUGUCGACAUCCAUAAUUCCACAGUCCGCUUGGGCUCUGCUUCAGGAAGUAUUUGCUCAUCGGUGCUCGCGAUGCAAGAUGGAUCAGUCGCCGCAGGAGGUUCGUAGGAUUAGGAAAAUUUCGCACCUCGACGACUCACACGAACCAUCACCCAAAAGACGACUUCUGGAAGACGACGUCGUAACCGUUGGAGGUGACAGUAGACAGGGGCCAAGCAUAGAGCACAAUGGGACUACCAGCCGGGAGCGAAAUAUGGAUGAUUGGAUCCUAGCACGACAAUGGCAUGAACCCCUAGGAGCAGUUUCCUUGCAAUUGCCCUGCGGACAUCCAUUCGUUCCAGAUUCACUACCAAAACUCUCGGUCAUAUACCAAGAGGGCGCCAUCAUGGCGAUGCUGAAAGGCGAUAUCCUCGCGAUGAGGCAGGACGAUCAAGAGGAUCUAUCUUGGGGCGACCAUGGCAUUCGCAACGGAUUCCGCAGUCGAACCCUUUUCGCUGCCCUGCAUGCCUUAAAGUAUACCAAGCAGAUCGAAAUCGACGCAACAGUCUCAUGGAUCGAAUCCUCCUCAACUCUCCAGAUCAACUUCAGUAUCUUUUUACAUAUAAGUCUACUGUCGAAAUCGCUGUCCUGUAAGGGUGCAUUCAACUCAGGAAUGCAAGAUCUGAUCCGCUUUCUGUUUCCUCCGUCCCUCGAUUCUCGCCAUUUCACGAAUAACGCUAUCAAGGAUCUCUACACUCAUCUUAAACCAGCUGCAACUACGGAGCCUCCUUCAGGAAUCCAGCCGGCAUCGCUCCUGCCUCAGCUGCUAUUAUUCCAAAGGCGAUCGGUUGCUUGGUGUCUCAAGCGUGAAUGCGGCAUUGUUAAUGUUUCAGGAGAGGUGGAAUACGAGGAGCCAGCUCUGAUCGAUAAAUUGCCGCUUUCUUGGGAGCAGAUUUCGACACCUGGAGAAGUGGACCUAUUUAUCAACCGCCCUUGCGGUCUACUGUGCCUGGCGGAUCCGGACUUGCUGAUUUCUGAGCCAGAGCCUAGGGGUGGCAUCUUAGCGGAGGAAAUGGGUUUGGGAAAGACAGUGGAGAUGCUCGCCCUCAUCGUGCUGAACCGGCGGAAACUGGAUCUGCCUCAAGUGUCUGUAGGCGCUUCAGAGACACAGGUACUGGAGCAGCAAUUAUCGGAGGCACACUUGGACGACCCGACUCGAGCGGAGACAGCUGCGAACAGGAGAAGUGGCAAUAAUUCAAAAUCAUCCACUGCAGAGACGCCACUAAUCAAGAGUGCGGCGACCCUCAUCAUCACUCCACUCUCUAUCAUGCACCAGUGGGCGGGUGAAAUUGAAAACCACGCGCCAUCCUUGCGGGUGUUUAUCUACGAGGAAUCAGCGCACGAACGCAUAACAGCGGAGGAACUCGCCCAAUAUGAUAUUGUUCUCACUACAUAUCCGGUACUAUCCAAGGAGGUUAACUAUACAACUCAUUAUGACCGACCCCGUCGAUACGAACGCCUAUACGUCCCUCGAAGGAGCCCUUUUGUUCAAAUCGACUGGUGGCGAGUAUGCCUUGACGAGGCCCAGAUGAUCGAGGGAGUAACAGUGUCGCAAGCGGCUGCGAUGACUCUUUUGAUUCCUAGAGUGAUGUCUUGGGCUAUCAGUGGAACACCCAUUCGAAGGAAUGUCGAGGACCUCCAUUCUCUUCUCGCAUUCUUGAAUCAGGAGCCCAUCGCAUCCAACAAGCGUUUGUGGAAACUUCUCACGUCAUUUAGCUUCCGUUCUACGUUUGUCUCGAGCUAUCAAAGGAUCAUGCAUCGAUAUGCCAAGAGAGAUGUCGUUCAGGAGCUUGCACUUCCUCCUCAGCUCAGGCUCACUUACGGCAUUCAUUUCACGGAGAUUGAGCGCGCCAACUAUACGGAGAAAUGGGAGCAGUGCCUCGCGGAGUGCGAUGUUAACAUCGCGAACGAUAACAGCGAGGAGGCUGAGAAACUUCAGUCAUGGUUCAUGCGUCUUCGGCAAACUUGCUGUCACCCGCAGAUUGGAUCUCGGAACAAAGAGGCGCUCGGUAGGACGAACCUGAGGACGAUUGAUGAAGUCCUGGAUGCUAUGGUUCAGCAAAAUAACACACAACUCUUUACUAAGGAGAGAACUCAGUUUGGCAUCAAGCUAAAGCGCGCCGUCCUCAAUUCGCGGAUACACAAAGACGCCUCAGAGCUACGACUGUUCCUGAUUCUUGAGAACGAAGCCGCACAGCAAGUGAGUAAAUGGGAUGCAAAGUUCCAGGAGCAGCGUGGUAAACGCGCCGAAGAGCGCGAACUGCGACGUGCAGAUGCCAUUGAUAAAGGAAAGGGAGUCGCACAGGAAACGUCGAGGCAAGAGGAAGAUGGUAUGGCAGAUGAUAUCGACAUCUUGGGCAAGUCAAAGCUGAAUGCUGAUGACGCUUACGAACAGGCCAUGCUUCGUCACCGAGAUUGGCUGGAGCAGCACCAUAGAAUUGUGUUCUUUACUGCUGGAUUCCAUCAUGACCUGGGGAUGGAGCCGGAAGAAACAGAGUAUUACAAGCGGGCAGAGGACAUUCGACAGCAGAUUUUGGGUCUGGCAGAGCAAAAGUUUAACAAGGUGCUGUCAUUCGUGCAGGAGGUUGUACAGCGCGUAGCACUUGAUGGUAAAUACAUCAUCCCGGCCUCAAAGUUCGCAGGAGGCAUUGAGCUGCGCCGACAUCUAGAGCAACUGGAGUUUGUUAGGAGCCUGCUGAACGAACAGCUGGAAAUUGUGGCUCAAUGGAGGCGUGAUCUUGUUGAAAAGCUAACCCAGCCGCUGAUGCAGGAUGGAGAGGAUGGCGAACAAUACCAGUAUUCGAUUGAUCUUCAGCACACGCUCGAAUCAUAUCUGCACUUUUACGGACGCAUGCUACUGCUUCGAAAGGACAUCAUCUCUGGAUCAGACGAAGCUAUCGCCAAUCAUGUCGCCAGUGUCGAGAAGCAAAAGGAGCACGCAGAUAUGGUCCGACGACGCGAGAACAGGAUUCGGACGUUCAAGAGAAAGGCAGGCGAGGAGGAGAUAUCCAAGAAAGAGGAAGACCUUGACACGCGACUGGAGAGGGAGAUGAACGAUUUGAUCAAACCAGAACUGGCUUCAAGUAUGCGAAGCAUACGCGCUGCCAUGAAACCUCUUGCAAAUGACGCAGCUGGGCCCAAUCCAGAGAGACAGAUGGCUGAGUUGGAGGAUUUGCGCUUAAAGGACGAACAGAGCCGUCAAACGAAAGUGGUCCUUGAGUUGGAGAGAGAAAUAUCCUAUUUCCGUACAUUAACCGCAGCACGCACAGUUUACUACCGUCAGCUGCAGGUGAUAUCCGAUACUGUCCGCGAUAUCGAGUCGAAUGAUCCUGAGGAGGACAUUGGCGACUGCUUGCAGGAAGAGAACAAGCUGCAAUUGGAAAUCACGCGCCUGAUAGCGAAGCAGCGGUACCUGGAGCACCUCGCUGAAGAUAGUGGCCAAGGGAGCCAGACUGACGAGGAGAAAAUUUGCUUGAUCUGUCGUACUCCAUACGAGCUGGGAUUGAUGACUGAAUGCGGACAUGUAUUUUGCGAGCACUGCCUUCUGGAAUGGACCAAGAUUCACUCGAAAUGCCCUUCCUGUAACAGUGUGAUAUCGAGGAGGAGAUUGACCCGGGUAACUAUGACUGGUCUUGGGGUUACUACCUCUGAGGCUGAACCCAAUGCUGCAUCGGCAGAACCCGGGCCAUCAUCGUCAUCUCCUUCAACUGCGGUCAAGGAACCACAGCAUGGAGCUAACUUGCGUCUGGUUCCGGAAGUUAUACGACGAGUGACUGUCCAGGAUGGAUACGGCAGCAAGAUCGACAGCAUUGUUCGUCAUAUCGCCUUCCUGGUUCGAGAGGAUCCUAAUACGAAGUGCCUGGUGUUCUCGCAAUGGGCCAACCUGUUGAAGUUGUUGGGUAAUAGUUUGAGGGAUAAUCAGAUUGGAUUUGUCAAGUUGGAUGGGGCCUCAGUCAAAGCUGCAGUGAAGCAGUUCAAGGAGAGCCGGGAUAAGCACGUCUUUAUGCUGCAUGCCAAAUCGCAAUCCGCCGGACUGACCCUAUUAUCGGCGACACACAUUUUUAUCUGCGAGCCACUUGUAAACCCAGUGCUGCAGGCCCAAGCUGUGAGUCGUGUUCACCGUAUUGGGCAAACCAAGGAGACAUUUGUGCACUACUAUUUGAUUCAGAAUACUGUAGAGAUCCCUUGCUUCGACCUGUUUGAACGUAGGCAGGCUGCAGCCGCAGGUGCCACGAACGACCAUGAUUCUAAUGACGACAAACAAGGUAGUGGAACAUCGACACUCACAUCGAUGAGCCAUGAUGCGACAAGCGAGAAGAGUGCUGCCGGAUUUGACGCCGAUAUUGCCAUGACGGCCUCUGAGGUCGCGAGGGCACAGAACAGAAACGGGGAGCUAGUGAAGCUGGAAGAUUUGAAGUACUGCUUCAGAGUCCAAAAGCAGAUGAAUUUGACAGCUGCCAUGCAGUAA